AUGGUCCUGCGCUAUGCUUCCAUUAUCAGUUGGAGAGCUUUUUCAGUGCCUGCCUUUUGUGUACAUGCCAAAAGAUGCAUAGGAUGGCAGUUUGAGAAUGUAGAGGAAAGCUGUGAUAAUUAUAGGCAUGGAACAGCUGCUCAAAACUAUCCCACAGAUUGCUGCUAUCAUCCAAAAGAUGAGCCAACUUCUUCAAAGAAGUGCAAAAAUGUCUCUGAAACUGACUUUAUAGGAAAAGACGUCUCUGUAUCCUCAGAAUGGGCCUCCGUAAAAGUUAUCCCAGAAGAAGAGAUGACUGAACACAACCUUCUGGCUGUCCGGGUUAUGGUAACCAGUGAUGGAAGCAGCUCUGAACAAGAAUCUGAAUUUUGUGGUGAUUCAUCCAGUUCUGAGUUUAACAAGAGGCAACUUUCAUCAUCUGAGACCAGGAGCUUCACUCCAUCUUCACCGAGCCUUCUGUCCUUGAAUAAGAGUUCGGUCCGAAAAGAAGAAGGCCAUGCCAUGUCCAAAUCUGUAAAUGUUCUGCAAAGAGCAAACAGUCUUCAUGACUCCACAGUAUUCAAAAAGUCCCAAAGCUGGAAGAAAAAAAUUCAAUCAAAUUUUCCUCUGUUGUACUCAAAGAAGCAUGGUCCAUUUUCAAAGGACACCCCUGCCAGAACUGGAAGUGAUUUUGAAGAUGAUUUCUCCCCCACAGAACUGAUGUCUCCCAACAAAAAUCCAGAAAUUACAUCAGGACAUUUCAAACUCCACAGUCAGGCAUUUCAAAGAAAAGGGAGAGCCACAGAGGAACCUGAAGAAAUCCCUUUCUAUGUUUCUCACCAUUCAUUUCAAAUCACCACAAACAGCAGCCCUUUGGCAUGUAGGAAAUCUUUCCAUCAUGGGCACACGACUUCAAAUCCCAUUGACAAGAAGCAUAAAGCUGAGGGCUACAAUUCUGGGGACCAACGUUUGAAAAAGCAAACAGCGUGCAAAGAAUGUGGGAUAUCAGGAUUGCUUGCAAAAUGCUCAGAUCUUUCUGUAAAUUUUGAAAAGGACAGUAAGGCAACUUCAUUAUUGUCAAAAGACCAGCAUGUAAACAAAAGUAAAAGCAAGAUAAUGAGGAAGCUCACUUUGUCAAUAGAACAACAGUCUGGACUACAUGCUCUGAAUGAUGGUAAACUAAAUGGGACAAGAAUGGAACAGGAAGACCAAGGAAUCCUAGAACAGAAUCCCAAACAAUCCGAUUGUUGUAGACCUACAAAAUUCUUAGAGAACUGUUCACCAAUUACGUCGCCAGAAUACAAAUGUCCAAAGAAUACUGAUGACUGUACCAAAGGACACAUCACUGGCCAGUCGAAAUCACCACUAAAGCUAAUUGCCAGUGCCAUAAAGAAGUCCAUCAUAGAACCUCUUAGAUCUCCCCCUGAAGUCUGGAAAAAGAACCAAGAGACAACUGCCAGGCCUCCUUCUGAAAACACAGUUUUCAAUUUCCCAUAUACUGUCAGUUUAAGAAACAGCAAGAAUCAUGGGAAGCAUGACACACAGAUGCAAAAGCCAGCUGAGUUGUGCACUCCAGGAAAAGGGCUAAAAAAUGGUAGUUCAGAUAGUUCUCAUUUUUCCAGCAGUCCAAGAGAAGAAUGCUUGUUUGAUGACGCAUCUUUUCCUGUUUACAAUAUGCAUACUAGCCCAUCUGAAAGUCUUGAUACAUUUGAAUAUCCUUCCCCUACAGAUGCAGAUGAUGUGCCAACACUUCUAGAGAAAUUUACUCUUAAAGAGAAUCCCUGGAUGUCUACCAGGGAUUACUUAAGUAACUGUAACGAGGAAAACAUUCUUUAUUCAUCUCUACGACUAAAGAACAAAAGUUCUGAUUCUGCUUUAGAGAGUUCUGUACGGAAGAACAAUCUCUUGAACCUGUUCAGUAAAAUGAAGAGCAAUGAAGAUAAAAACCCUUCUUUAAUGUCCCGUGUACCCUCCAGUACCACCUUUGCUUCUGAGGAAGUAAUCAGUUGUCCUUGCAAUGGAAAAUUUGUGGGCUCUGAACAUCUACCUAUCAGAGAACAAGUCACUACCUAUUGUUCUUCAUCCUCUGAUGAUGAAUUAGAACACAAGCCUUCACUACUGCUCAUGGCAAAAACACCACUAAAAAGAAAUAGAAAGUUGGAAAAGGAAACAAAGCAACUGUUUAAACAAGAACAACUGAAAAGACUCCAUAAAGCACAGGUAGUUGAGAGAAUGGUAAUGGAACAGCUGCAGGUAUUUCUGAAUGAUACAUCAGUUCUAGAUCCCUUCCAGUCCAGCUUUCAUUGUGGCCAUUGGACAGAGACCGUUCUGGUCGUUAUCAUGGAUGUGCUCUGCUUACAGCUGAACCAAGGCAGGUCAGCAUUGGUGGUAUUAUUAGACCUCACCACAGCCUUUGACACUGACAAUCACAACCUUCUGACUCACCGUCUUGCUGAUGCUGGGAUUCAGGAUUCAGGCGCACAUGAUGAAACUCAGCUGUUGCAUGAAUGGUUUGAGCUGGUAUUGGAGAAGAAUAAAUUAAUGCGCUAUGAAUAUGAACUCCUGAUCAGAGCCAAAGACUUGGAAUUAGAGGAUCAUCAAAGCCGGCUGGAGCAGAAACUGAGAGAAAAAAUGGCUGCUACCGACAGUUCGGAUAUUGAAAAGGACCUGAGUGAUGAAUAUGAAACUUUUGAUGAGAUGAUGAUAGUGGCUGAAGAAAGAGAUAAGCUUAUAUCUUUCUUAGAGGAGCAGAGGAUAGAGGAAGAAGCACAAGACAAGCAUUUGGAAAAGUCCAUGUUGUCCAGAGGAUACCAAUUCAGCUGGACAUGAUUCCAUCCACCUUUCUGUAUUUGUGAAUAUAUCAUGUAUAUUUUUCUUACUUUUUAAUGAUGGUCACAAAGCUAUGUAUUCAUAUUUUUACAAUAAGCACCUCCAGUACAGCAAUGGGUUAACUUUCAACACUACUUCUCAUAGUGGAGAAAAAAAGUUUUGUGACUAGAUUUUGUAUUCAUUUGUAAAUAAACUGCAGAAGAUAUGUUAGUUCAGUAUUAAACGGAAAUAAUUUACCAGGUGUAUUUACAAGGUUGAGGACAUUGUACAUAUUAAUUGAAAAUGUAAUACAGUGGUAAAUAUUUGCAACUUGUGGCACAGUAAUGUAAUAUUAAAGGGAUUAUACUUAACAAAAGGGAUCAAGUGAAACUGCUGCAGCUGUAACCAAAGGCAAACGUAUGUACUCAUGAAAAAAAGUAUGUACUACAUUAGCAUCUGUUUAGGAGAUAUUCUCAUAUCAAAAAUCAUGUAACUAUCAGUUGUGUAUAAACCAGAACUGUGGCAGAUGACAACAGCACAACAAUUGGCUACAUUUUAAUAUAAUGCCAGUAUUUCCUAGCAAGAAAUAACUAAAUCAUAUUUUUGCUCCUGUUGUGGAAAAAUGCACAAAUAUGCUCCACAUUAAUACUUUACACAUUUAUACCAGGGCUGCACUCCUGAGCUCAGUUAAUAUGCACUAACAUCCCACUGAUACAAACGGGACUGUUUGCAAGAUUGCAACUCAGUGAUGCAAGAACUAAUCCCAAAAUUGCACUUAUUAAUUAACUUUGUAUAGCCUUGGAUACAUCAUUGAUUAUUGUAGGUGAUUUUUUACACUUGGAUUAAAAUUCAUGGUGAGGGAACUCAAAACAAGAGGGAUUAUUUCUGUUUAAUUAAGAGAUUUAACAAUUACUUAACUCUGUGAAUGGUGCUUAAAUACUGUAGCUGUUUGUUAAAUACCCCCAAUGCCCUAGUGAAAGGAACAGGAGGAAAAACAGGAUGUCAGUUACAAAUAAUGCAUAGUGAAUCUUUAUGAUGUUUAGCUAAUACUGACGGUAUGUCUACCUAGGAGCCAAUAUUUAUAAUCCUGGUUAAUUUCUGCUGCCAUGGUGCUUCUGAAAAGGGUAGAGGGAAGACGUGUGCUCUUCUGCAGUGUUAUUAUUGUGUGCUGUUUACAUAAGAAUGUAACUUAUAAGCAUACAUUUUCCUUUUAAUAUACUUUUCUGUUUUGGCUAUUAAUUGAACAUCUAUAAUUGUUUACAUAAAACUUCUUUAGCAUAUAAAAUGCAAUUAUAUUAGAAAUUAUACUAGA